AUGAAUACACAUCCAGAUACAGCACGAUUUGGAGCAUAAUAAAUUGAUUUUCAAAUGCUUAAAGGAAGAUCCUCUAUUCCUUCAUUAAAAUAACAAUUAUAAAUGCAAAAUGAGGAUAAUUAAUUUCAAAUAACAAAUAGUGAAAAAUUAAAUAAGAAAAAGUAAAGUAAUAUACGAUUAGAAAAAACUGAAUUUAUUUUAAUUCAAGAAGAUCAAGUUAAAGAUUAGAAUUAGCAUUCACAAUAAGAUACUAAUUAUAAAUGUGCUCAAUCAUCUCAUUAAGAGCCUAUAAUGUUAGUUGUACUUGAUUCAAAUUUAAAACACAGCGAAAGACUCUUAUGUUCUAAAUGUAUAGACAAUUUAGAGACAAAUUCUAAAACUCUUGGAUUAUAAAAAGCAAUGGUGCAAAUAUAAGACAUUUAUGAAAAGAAAAGGGAAUUUCGAGAUAUUAUUUGUUAUAAAGAUUGCAUAGAACUUGGGGAAUUGAAAAACAACUUUAUUAAGUUAAAAAGCCUUCUAAACAUAACCUUAGAUGAAAUGAUUGAUAAUACAGAGAUGUAGAUUAGAGAUUUGGAAAAUUAUAAAUCUUAAGGCUAUAUAUUUGAUCAUGAAAUAGAUUGGCUAAUUAAAUAUGAAUAAAAAGUUGAAAUGGAUUAUAUUGUUGAAGAAAUAAAACCUUUAAAUACAAGAUUUAUUAAAAAAUUGUAAAAAAAAUUAGAAUAGUUUUCCUAAUUUGCAGAAUAUUCAAGCUGUUAAAAAAUAUUAAAGAAUUUAAUGCAUGAGAACAUAAGCGAAGAAAAGGAUAAAGAUAAAUAAUAAAAUAAAAAAAAGAAUUUACACAAUUCAAAUCUUUAAAGAAAUAUGAAUUAAGAAAAAUGGCAAUCAAAUUGUAAGAGGUAUUGA